GUGAGGUAUAUAUCGACCGAUCGCAGUGUAGAUGACGGUCUUAACACCUCCACGAGUAACUGCUGUUGCUAUCGUACGCAGAUUUCAACAUGGAUGUCAUUUUUUAUGGUUGUUAUGUAGCACGUUGUGAGAAGCAUGAAAAAUCACACCAUAAGUAUUGCAGCGGUUUCAGAUUACCAAAGUGGUGUGGUGUAAACAUAACCGUGGCAGCAAACCCGCGGAGGCGCUUGUAACUUUAAAAAGUGCGCACAAAUGAUUCUACGUACCGGAUGCAACAGCGUUUUGCUGUCGCAUUUUAUAACCAUGUUCAUUUAAACAGGCCCAUAUGUUCCAGAAGCGUGAAAUCACGUCAUAAGCACUGUUGCAGUUUCAAAAUACCAAAGUCGUAUACACAGUAGACAUGAUAUAUCUGUUUAGUUACGUAGAGUUCUGAAGAGGAGGUGUCUUUCGUGUUAUUUAUUUAAAUAUUUAUACUGCUUUUCUUGUGGUGAGAAACCCCCCAGCAAACUAAAGUAUAGAAGUGUUGUGUACAAUUUCUUGGACUGGAAGCGUGAUGGGUUUUCGUGUUAUGUUUUGUGUAUUUGGACUUCUGCUUCUGGUGACGCUGCUGGACGCCAACUCGGCCGCGGAAGACCGGUGCACGUCGUACAACUGUAAACUUCCCGACUGCAGAUGCCCUGGUCUCAACGUGCCCGGUGACUUCAAGCAGGAUGAGGUGCCGCAGAUGGUCCUCAUCACAUUCGACGACGCGGUCAACUGGGAAAACUGGGACUUUUACAGGGAGCUGUUCCCUCCAGACCUAAGCCGACUGAACCCCAACGGGUGCCCGGUGUCCACGACCUUGUUCGUGUCCAAUAAAUACACAGACUAUUGCAUGGUCAGGAAGCUGCAUGCGAGAGGGAUUGAAAUUGCCGAUCACAGCGUAACACAUCGUCUGCCCAACUAGUGGUGGAGUGCGGCAAACAAUCAUGAUCUAGAGUACGAGAUAAUAAACCAGAGGAACAAUCUAGCUGAUUUGGGCAAUAUCCCCCUAGAGGACAUUCGUGGUUGGAGAAGUCCUUUCCUGCAGCCAACGGGAGACGUCAUGUUUGACAUCCUCUACAGAAACAACUUCACGUACGACGCGACGAUGACGUACCCUUUCCCCACAAACGUGUACUCUCCUGUGAUGUGGCCGUUCACGCUGGAUUAUUCGUACACUUUGGUCUGCAAUAUUGACCCUUGCCCCCAAAAGUCUUACCCCGGCUUGUGGAUUAUCCCAGUGGUGAACGUGAUGGACUAUAGAGAACUUUUGCAGUGUGCUUACAUCGACUUCGAGGUUUUGAAAUUGGCCCCUCCCCUGCCCCCUGUCUUGUACGCUUAUGAAUGUUGUGGGUUUCCUCUCUAAGACUAUAUGUCAUAAUUAAAUUUUUUUUACAUCCAAUAGCCGAUGAUUAAUAAAUGAAUGCGCUCUAGUUGUGUCGUUCUACAAAACAAAGUUUAAUUUUCUUUUUUCUCUCUUUAUUAACUAUCAGUGUUUGUUAGUUUUAAAACACAAGACUUUUUAAAAGUCUGAAGACAAUACAUUUAUUCUGACUGUUCAUAGGAUACCUCCUACGGCGUGCGAUCGUUAUCUGGUGCCGAGUGGUAGGCCAGUUUGAAAUGUAAAGCCCGUGAUAGCUCGGUGGUUAUAACAGUUGCCUUAGGUACCGUAAUUAAAGACAUUCAUCCACCGCGGUGGAUCCCUUAGGUUAUUUCUCUGUGCAUAUAAAAGUGUCUUGGUAACUUCCAAUAUAGUGUGUGGUGGCAUUGGAGUCUCAGUUAAAGUUUGUUUUUGUUUAAUGUCACCACUAGAGUACACUGAUUAAUUAAUCAUCGGCUAUUGGAAGUCAACAUUUGGAAACUGACAUAGAGUCUUA